GUCAUUUUAGCGCGCCCCGCCUGGCACUUGCAAGAAGCGACCGAAUGAGACUCUUUUCCUUUUAACAAUUCACUGCUAAUUUAAAGGUAUCCGCCCACUGAUGUCCCAACCACCGCAGCAGACGUUGCCCUCCGCCCCAGACUCCCCCGCGCUGGUGGUCUCCGGUAACGUGCAGAAAUAUGCCAUCAAGAAGAAGAAGGUCCUCAGUGCUGAAGAAGCCGAGCUGUUUGAACUAACCCAGGCUGCUGGCAUCACUGUGGACCAGGAGGUCUUUAAGAUCAUAGUGGACCUGUUGAAGAUGAACGUGGCCCCUCAGGCGGUCUUCCAGACUCUGAAGGCGAUGUGUGCGGGUCAGAGGGUCGCUGAAAGCUGCAGCGUGGGGGAGUCUUCGACCGUCUCCCACACCACCAGCAUCACCACGGCGCCGACGGAGGCCAGAGAAGAGGACUCUUUGGUUUCUGGAAAAAGCCCCAAACCGUCUGCAGCCGCCCCCUCAGCGUCCGGCUCCAGAGCCACCAGGGUCAACGCUAAGAUCGUGGUCUACGGCCCCCAAGACGCAAACUCUACUCACUCACAAGCAGUGCGCAGUAAAGCCGGAGCGAGCCACAGCGAGAAGAGCAGGGAGGCCUCCAGUCAGAGGGUGCAGCGGCAGCCCAGCGCCACCAGGGGGCAGAAGACCAAGAGCUCCGGCAGCAGCAGCUCCUCCUCACAGAUAAACUCCACCUAAGGUCAACGUGAGACCAUCUGUACAUAUGUAGUGUUCUUUACGUUUAAGUUAUCUGUAUGUUUUAUGUGUCAUUUGUUUUAAAGGAUUGGUUUCACACAUUUACAGCAGCUCCUGUUUGCAUUGUAGCCAUAGAUAUAUAUAGAUAUAUAUAUAUAUACAGACAACUAUAACUGGAUUACUUUGAUACUGAGGAAAGCUUUCUCAGGCAUGUUCAGGCGUUAUAAGGAUUUAGAGAUUCGAACGGAAUCUUUUUGGUUUAUUUGGUAAACCAAUCCUCUAACGUGACGUAAGAACGUAUCGUCUGCUCAUUCUCGUUCAGGCAGAUGUUACUGUAAGUGAGGAGAAAAACAUAUUAAAACAUAUUAAGAUUUUCUACUGGAAAUGUCUGUAUUCAAUGUGCAACUUUUUUAUAAAAUUCUUGUUUAAAUAAAUCCAAUAACAAUA